AGCACGCAAAGACCCUAACCCGAGACUGAAGCUGUAAACAAUAAAACCCAGCCCGUCCGUCAUCCAUGCACUAAACAUGCAUCUGUCCGCGGUGUCGGUGCUGUUAUCGGUGCUGUUGUGCCUCCUAUGUGGCGGAUUCGCGCGAGGUUAUUACAGCAACCCCUUAAACAAGUAUAUUCGGCACUAUGAGGGUCUAUCGUACGACACUGAUGAAGUUCAUGAAGCUCACCAGAGAGCCAAACGAGCUCUGACCCAUCACGAGAGCUUCUUACAUCUGCAGUUUCACUCUCACGGCAGACAUUUUAACCUGCGGAUGAAAAGAGACACCAGGAUGUUUUCUGAGGACUUUAAGUUGGAGAUGUCUGGACAGGAGGUGGAUUAUGACACCUCUCAUAUCUACACCGGUGAAAUCUAUGGAGAACAGGGCACUCUGAGCCACGGCUCUGUCGUAGAUGGGAGGUUCGAUGGAUUCGUUCAGACCCAUCGAGGGACGUAUUACAUUGAACCAGCUGAACGAUACCUGGAGGACAAAAACGUUCCCUUUCAUUCGGUCAUCUACCACGAGGACGACAUUCAUUAUCCUCAUAAAUACGGUCCAGAAGGCGGCUGUGCGGAUUCAUCCGUGUUUGAUCGAAUGAAGAAAUAUCAGACGUCUGCCGUGGAUGAACCAGCGAAGGAGGUGAACGUGAAGAAAACAUCAGUAAAUGAUCCUGUUGUGCUGAGGAGGAAGAGGAUGACUCAGGUGGAGAAGAACACAUGUCAGCUCUUCAUCCAGACAGAUCAUCUGUUCUUUAAAUACUAUAAGACCCGAGAGGCCGUCAUUGCUCAGAUCUCCAGUCAUGUGAAGGCCAUCGAUGCCAUUUAUCAGGGCACAGAUUUCAUGGGCAUCCGCAACAUCAGCUUCAUGGUCAAGAGAAUACGGAUCAACACCACCAAUGACGAGCGAGAUCGUUCAAACCCGUUCCGCUUCGCCAAUAUCGGUGUGGAGAAGUUUUUGGAGCUAAACUCAGAACAGAAUCACGAUGAUUACUGCCUAGCCUACGUCUUCACGGACAGAGACUUUGAUGAUGGCGUGUUGGGUCUGGCCUGGGUCGGGGCACCAGCGGGCAGUUCUGGUGGAAUCUGUGAGAAGAGUAAAUUAUAUUCUGAUGGUAAGAAGAAGUCUUUAAAUACUGGAAUCAUCACGGUACAGAACUACGCCUCUCACGUGCCUCCUAAAGUCUCUCACAUAACAUUCGCUCAUGAGGUCGGACACAACUUUGGGUCGCCGCAUGACUCCGGGUCAGAGUGCACUCCAGGGGAGUCAAAAAGCCAGGACAAGAAAGAAAGAGGAAAUUACAUCAUGUAUGCCAGAGCAACGUCAGGAGACAAGCUGAAUAACAACAAGUUCUCGGUGUGCAGCAUCAAAAACAUCAGCCAGGUGCUUGAGAAGAAGCGGGGAACCUGUUUCGUGGAAUCUGGGCAGCCAAUCUGUGGAAACGGUCUGGUCGAGCCCGGUGAGGAAUGCGACUGUGGCUACAGCGACCAAUGCAAAGAGGAUUGCUGCUAUGAUGCCAAUCAGCCAGACAACAAGAAAUGCAAACUCAAACCCCACAAAGUGUGCAGCCCCAGUCAGGGUCCCUGCUGCACACCCAUAUGUUCCUACAAGAGCCGCAAUGAGAAGUGUCGAGAGGAAUCCGAGUGCGCUCAUCAGGGAAUGUGUAACGGAGCGUCGGCCCAAUGUCCCACCUCAGAGCCCAAAGCCAACUUCACCGCCUGCCACGGAGACACACAAGUCUGUCUGAACGGGGGCUGUUCAGGCUCAAUCUGUGAGAAGUACGGUCUGGAGGUCUGCACCUGCGCCAGUGUGGACGGCAAAGAUGAGACCGAACUCUGUCACGUUUGCUGCAUGGAGAAAAUGAGCCCGAGCACAUGCAGCAGUACCGGCUCCGAGCGUCUGGCCCGUUUCUUUAAUAAGAAAGUGACGACCCUGCAGGCUGGUUCGCCCUGCAACGACUUCAAAGGUUACUGCGACGUGUUUAUGAAGUGUCGUCUGGUGGACGCCGACGGUCCUCUGGCACGACUCAAGAAAGCCAUCUUUAACCCGGAGCUCUACGAGAACAUCGCCGAGUGGAUAGUGGCUCAUUGGUGGGCAGUCUUACUCAUGGGCAUCGCACUCAUCAUGCUUAUGGCGGGAUUCAUCAAAAUCUGCAGCGUUCACACACCGAGCAGCAACCCUAAACUCCCACCUCCAAAACCACUGCCAGGUACCCUGAAGAGACGACGAGCUCAACACGCCAACCAACAGCAGCAACUUCAUCAACACCAGAACCAACAUCCUCACGCUCACCAGAACCAGAGGCAGGCUCCACGUCAAGCCCAGCGCCAACCCCAGCCGCAACGUCACCACCGCCAGCCCCGUGAGAACUACCAGAUGGGUCAGAUGAGACGCUGAGACCCACGAGCGCCCCCACAGUGCCUGACAUCAGUGGUACUGCAGUCGCCUGAAGCCUCUGGUCCACAGUCACACUGGAGAAACACAUCUGACCUUCUGCAGGGCCAGGACUUUAUCUCAACUUUUAGAGAAGAGCGUUCAUUUGUUCGUUCCUAAUCCUAGACUAUAAGGAGGAGGAGAUUGUUUUGAUUGACAGACACACACACACACACACAGAUCUCUGAUAGUUUUAGAUGUAGAUUCUCUCAGACUGACAGUGGAGCAGCGGGCUUUACUCCAAAGAAUCAAAACCGGCUCAGCAAACCCGUCCACCCCUUCUGAUCUUCACAAUAAACACACAAAUAAUCUUUCUUUUAAAGUCAUGCACUAAACUGGAGCGGUUUACAUCCAUAAUGCUUCCACCCUUCAGAGCCCGAUCCAGCCGUCUGGAGUUUUCUCUUUGGAGUGAAAAGAAAUGAACUUCAUCGUUCGUGCACACUUCCCAGCUCGCUGUGGGAAACACCGAACAAGCUCCGUUACGUUUUUAUUUGGUCUUUUUUCUUUUGUUUUCUCUGCCCUCCUUGUCGUCGGAGUACUCGAGUGGGGUUAUUUGUAGAUAGAGUCACUUCUGUAGUUUUUCUUCGGUUCUAUUUUCUGUUUCAGACACUUGCUUUGAUACAGAAAUAUGUUUUUAGCAGCGUCCAUCCUCAGAGGGAAUGUCAGACUUCGUCAGAAAAGGACUUUUAUUUUGUAUGACCGGAAACGUCAAGCCUUCCCUUUUCCAGCGCGCAGAAGCCGACGGAUCGGUACGGAUUUCGCAGCUGUACAGAGAAACGAUACGAGUUGUAUUAUAUGUGAGAACAAAUUAUUUCUUCUACUGUCGAUAAAGAGAUUUUACCGUUAAAGUUUUGUUGAAAACACUCAGGACGAUCGAGGAGAAACGGAUCAUUCGGAGCUCUCUUUCAUCAUUCCACGCGAUCGAUUUUAGCGUUUACAUUUUUCAUCUCAUGUUUUUGUUUGUUGACAUGUUUACAAUGUUUUGUUGCUGUUCUCGUUGUGUAUAGGUACACUGCACCUCCAGAUGACUUCAUAAAACAAAUGUACUGUUUACUGCCUACCUGAAUGAGGAAUGUGCACGGCACAAACACACACGACACUAAUAAAUGUAUUGGUUUAUGAAGGGUACAUGUAUAUAGAGCAGAAGAUCUCAACUGAAGUUUUCAUAUCAGUACUGAUGAUGAUUUACCUGAAGGUUUACUGCUCCAACAUCUCCUCAUCAGUUUAAAUCUGAAGGACACACAGACAGAAGGAUUCAAAGCUGUUUUAUAUUUGCGAGGAGCUGAUCUCUGUAUUUAUUUGAAAUGAAAGCAUUAUUGAAGUGAUGAAGCGGUCACCAUCAGAGCGUUUAGCAUGACAAUUUACUUUCCAGUCUCUGCUAGUGUCUUUGAAGGCCCAUUUAAAGCAUUAUGUCACUGACGUGUCCCCGUAGUAAUGAUUCAGUGUAGUUUCAUCAUAAGAUCCAUGAGAGGAACUCAUCCAGAGCAAUCAGACCUCAGGGUCGGCCAGGGGUUUAUCAGCUCUGCUCCUGGACCUCCACAGUCCUGCCACUCUCCAACCUUCAGCAGUCGCCGGUGAAUCCAGAUCGUCUGUGUUUGGAGAUAAACUCAGGAUGGUGGCCCUCCAGGAGAAGGAUUGAAAGCUUCAGGGUCAGACAACACAUUAGACUUUGACCUCAGUGAGUCAUAGCAUCAAUGUUCUCCAGCUUCUGAAACGUUUGAAAAGAUUCCUCUCAGUCAGCUGAUCGCAUUAAACCGUCUGUCUGUCCAGUCAUCACAGCCUGCUAAAAUCUGCCUGUUUGAGGUGAAUUACACAGGGUUUGUGAUGUUUUCAAACAUUUCUCACACCAUCAGACGGAGAACUUUUAGAAAAGUCAUCACAGCUCCGACAGACGUUAGUUUUCUGCUCGUCCAUCUUCAUCUCAAACAGACUGUCCUCUUCUCUUGUAAACUAUGUACAGUAACUGGAGAUUAUCUGUUAUAUUUGAAGAUAAAUUUUGAUACUUUUUGUUUGCCUCUUAAAAAAAACAAGUGUGUGAAAUCCAGACCGACCACACAGAGAGACGUUCCCUCGGAGACCUAGAAGUGUGCGUCAGGAUGAACUUUUGUGCACAUGAAGGUUUUUAUUUUCUAUACUGCCAUUGAAGAUGAGAAACAUCAGGAGAAAUGUGAAGUGGUGGUGGUCUGGACUGAAUAGAGGAGAUUGAAUAUUUGCCUGUAUUUGACUUUUAUCUUUUUUUUUUCAUAGUCUUGGUGAAACAUUAUAGAGGAACGUGCACUGAAAACGUCUUAAUUGAGUCAAAAUGUUGUAGGUGAAAAUAGGCUGAUCACUAAAGUUUAAAAUGAAUGAAAAACAUAAACCGAUGAUUAAUUAAUUCUGCUGUCUGUAAAUGUUCACUGUGUUUUAUACAGUAACUUCAGUUUCGUUCACUUUGAACAUUUCUACGUAACAUUUUUUCGGAACGUAUUGUGCGAAGAGAUGUCAUUUUUUUUGGAGUACUUGAAAUGCAUUAAUAAAAAGACCCGGUUGAUUGGCUGG